UUUUAUAGAGGUGUUGUGAGCACAUACUGCAUAGAAGUUAGAGCACUUGGAUUUAGACUACAGGAAGCAAUAUCAGAAAGCUUAGAGUUACAAGGAGAUUACAUAGAGAAGAUGUUGGGAGAUCAAGAGCAACAUAUGGCUGUAAACUACUAUCCACCUUGUCCUCAACCUGACCUUACUUAUAGUCUUCCAGCUCAUACCGACCCAAAUGCGCUCACCAUCCUUCUUCAAGAUGGAGAAGUCUCGGGUUUACAAGUCUUCAAAGAUGAAAAGUGGAUGGCAGUAAAUCCGCACCCGGGCGCCUUCAUUAUCAAUAUUGGUGACCAAUUACAGGCACUUAGCAAUGGAAGAUAUAAAAGCGUUUGGCAUCGGGCAGUUGUGAACUCUGGCAAGGAACGAACAUCAGUGGCAUCAUUUUUGUGUCCAGCUAACCGUGCAACAAUCAUUCCUGCAACCCAAAGUGGAUCUUCCGCCAUAUAUAGGAAUUUCACUUAUCAGGAAUACUACAAAAAGUUUUGGAGCAGGAAUCUUGAUCAAGAACAUUGUUUAGAACUCUUCAAAAAUUGAAUUAUUAUGGAAACUAAUAAGAUGACUUUUCUAU